AGAGCAUAUGCAGCAUUUGCAGGAGGUGUUCGCCUUGGCGAAAACGGAGCUGAAGAUGAGCUCGGCAUAUCAUCCCCAGACAGAUGGGCAGACUGAGGUGGUGAACAAGAUACUGGAGCAGUACCUGCGGUGUUUUGCUCACCAGCAGCCGCGCCGUUGGCUCGCUAUGCUGCCCUGGGCGGAGCUGUGGUAUAAUACCACAUACCAUCGAUCUAUC